AGAAAACUUUCCAUACGAUUUUCGGAUCAGUGGACGAACGUGCGUCAAGACACAGUUUGUCAUCAUAUUCGACGCCAACACGACGCGUUGAGAUUGAUGAUAAAUUAAAAAAACGUAGCAGUCAAAUAUCAAGGGAACUUUCAGAUAUCGUGAAUUACGUGCAAGCGAUAAAAUUCCGUGGUUUGAAUCCAAUCACUCCACAAAAUUCAAUAAGAAUACAGCAACCAAUGCCAACAAAGCUAGAUUCCAGUGGGUCACUUGUAACGGUGGGCAGCAUUCUUAGAACAAGUAGCGUAUCGCCAUGUGCACCUCAAACCGGAAGUAAUCCGUUGGACGAAAGCGUGCAAUCUGUUUCGAUUGAAUCUACCCCAGUCCAGCUCAGUUUAAUUCAAUCAGAGACAGAUUCACAGUCAGUGGGCACUUCAGCAAUAACAACAAUAACAACAACAACAACAACAACAACAACAACAACAGCAACAACAACAACAAUAACAACAUCAACAGCAACAUCAACAGCUGCAUGCUGUACCACGUCCACACACCGCAAACUACAUCACGUUAAUGUCAAUUAUCCUUGUUAUCAAUGCUCGUCAGUUAACGAGCCUAGUGCUAAGAAAUUGUGUCGAAAACAUCCUCUAGCUCUCAUCGCUCACACUGAAACACAAUUGAUGAGGACAUAUCCGGCUGGCUUGCGUAUUGAUUCAUCCAAUUUCAAUCCAGUAUUUUUCUGGGCGUUUGGCAUUCAACUUGUUGCAUUAAAUUAUCAAACUGACGAUUUACCAUUGGCAAUUAACACUGGAAUGUUCGAAGAGAAUGGAAGUUGUGGGUAUGUCUUGAAACCAGAUGUCUUAUGGGACCACACACAUUUAAUGUAUCGUCGAUUUAAUCCAUUGGAAAGGGAGUUCGAUGGAUUGCAUUCAUCACAAAUUGUCAUGAAUAUUGUUUCCGGACAAUUUGUGCAACAAUCUAAUUUGCAGGCCAGUACUUUCGUCGAAGUAGAGAUGAUUGGUAUUCCAGUUGAUUGUAGCAAGAAGAAAACACGUGUGAUCAGACGAAAUGCACUAAACCCCAUUUGGAAUGAUACCUUUUUCUUCAAAGUAAUGUUCCAUGACUUGGCCUUUUUAAAAUUUAGUGUUUUCGAUAACGAUACGAAUCAGAUGGUGUCGCAACGUGUGAUUCCAUUAAAGUGCCUACGACCAGGUUACCGACACGUUCGACUUCGUUCGCCAAAUAAUCAACCAUUGAGCAUGGCUGCUCUUUUUGUGUACUCUCGUGUUGAAGAAGAGAGCUUCGAACGUACAUCUGACGAAACCGAUGAAUAUUGUGGCAUUAGUGGCUAUAACAAAAUUGACAAUACACACACAUCGACAGAUUUUAUGAAAAGCUGUGACAGCAGAGAGACUUCAGGGACACCCAUAAAAGAUGCUCAGAAAAGUGUAACUGCGACCAUGGUUAGUGCAAAUAUACCCCUCAAACGGAGAAUGUUCUUCGUCAUGGUUUACGGAGUAAUCACUGGGGAACCAUUUACGAUUUUACGUGCAACACAAGAGAGCACCACGCGUGAACUAAUCGCUCAAGCCCUACAGAAAAGUAAUCGCAUCGGGCAAAAUGUUAAUGACUAUAUAUUAGUGGCUGAGGUUGGACGCGGAUGGAAGAAGAAAGAUCGAGAUUUGCCUGCGACUCAACGUGUGCUUGAUAUGCACGAAAAAGUAUUGCACACGCAAGCAAUGUGGCAAGGCGAGGGCAGAUUCAUAUUCAAAAAAAUAGGUAAUGAUCCUAGUAGCCGAGCCUGGCUGACUUCUAUUCGAAGUGUGUCUGAACGACGUGCGAUGUUCACGAAUGGCGAAGAAAAUACAUCGAACAGUGCUUCGAACGAGACUCCAACUUCUUGGGAUGAUGACGACACAUUUUUGGUUUGCGUAUACAAUGUUUCACCGGACAUUCCGUAUGCUAUCUUAAAAGCACCAAUCAAUGCUACUGCUCAAGAUGUUUUAGCUCAAUCUCUACUCAAAGCUCGACGCAUGGAAGACCCAAAUUCUUUCAUACUAAUCGAAGAAUUGGAAUAUGGAUCUACGGGUACUGUAAUAAGCACGUAA